AUUUGGCAGGAGUUCCUUCUUAUCCAAUAUCCACAAAAUCAAAUCUUCUCCAACUGCUUGUGUGGCUUAAAUCCCAGAUGGCUCCCUGAGUCAGCCCCACUUUUGUCUUCUUCUUCUGUGUUUUCGUUUUCCACAACUUCUGUUUUCUCCUCUGAAGGCUUUUUUUCCUCUAUAUCAUGCUUUCAACUUCCUCUGCAACUGUUUUUAGAGAAAUUGAGAUACCUUGAGGAGGAACUCGCGGGUUCGCCAUUCCCGCCAAUUGUCAUUUGAAAUUGAAGCGGCUGAAGUAAGAAUUAGCUAGGGAGGAGGAUUUUUUUUUUUUUUUUCCCUGGGGGAGAUGGGGGUUUGUUGAGGGAGGAAAUGGAGAAAUUGUCGCAGAGAGAGAGCACUCUUUUGGGUUAUUCACUUCAGAGAUCAUUCACGAACCCUUCUUCAUCGCCUAGGGCUCCGUAUCGUAACUCAGACGAUGUUGAUUUUCACGACGUGUUCGGUGGCCCUCCGAGAAGGCGGUCGUCGGUUAACGAGGCGCGGUACAGCUUCACGGAGACGGUGGAUUCCUUCGCAUUGAGAGGCGGGGACGGUGAAGCGCCGCCGUGGUCCGGUUUGAAUGAGAAACCGGUGUUCGGAGAAGAAGGUGGUCACGCGCGGCGAUUUCCGAGCGAUGAUUUUUACGAUGAUAUCUUUAAGGGCGAUGAAUCGGCGGCUUCUUCACCACGCCGAGACGUUUUCUCUUCGAUUUCGGAUUCGAGGGUUCUGAGUCCGGCUAGGCCUCUUCCACCUCCGGCAGAGCCCUUCGGAAGUUCUUCCCUCCCUGCCCAAUUAAGCCUACCAUCAAGAUCGGCCAAAGGGACUGACCUGCCAGCGUUUGGAUCGACUUCUCCGAACCCGUUCAGAAACAAGGACAGUGUUUCAAAUGGAAGCCAUACAAAUUCUUCUAGGUUCGCUCUCUCUAGAUUUUCUUCUAGCACAUCGAGCCAUCGUCACGAGGAUCUUAAAAGCGAUUACAAUUCGUCUGAUCGUACUGGUCUUCUGUCAUCUGAAUUCCAACAUCUUAGCAGUGAGGAAGCAUCAUCCUUCAGAAAGUCUGAUAAUACAUUGAGUGGGAACAGUUCAACCAAAGAAGUAGAUAGUUUAGAAGAUUCAACUGCAGGUGGUCAGUUUCAGUUUCAUUUCUCAAUCUACAAAUGGGCAAGCAAAGGGGUGCCUCUGAUGAUGCCACUGAGAGGAGGGAACGCUUCGAGAUUAAGAGAAAAAGCUAUGCUUCGGAGAAGCUCGAGCUCAACGGAUAGGGUAGCGAAGGAGAAGAAUGAGAUGCAGUCCCCUACGUCGACUAUACAUAAUAUUGAUUUUCCUCCCAUUUUUCAUGAAACAACUAAUCUCAAUGAUGAAAAAGGAACUGGUUUACUGCCUGACAUUGAUGCUGAAGAUCAAAGAAGGCCCGGUCGAAGUUUUGAGCAAACAAAUUCAGCUGCACCUUCAGGAAACUUGAGCAGACAGAGUUCUCGUAAGGGUGUUGGUAGUGAUAACAUCAUGAACCAAACAGGGGAAAAGGUAAGACCUCGUUCUUUGUCCGAGACCAUUCCGAGUGAAAAAGCAGAGAAAAAGACCGCUCUGAUUACAAAUGAAGAUCAAAAGCAGGAACGUAAAUCUCUAAGUUCCUUCCUACUCUAUAAUGAUGAUGAACAAGGUGAAGAAGGGAUAUCUAAAGAGUAUCGUAAAGAGGUAACCGCGGCAAAAAGUGACAAGAAAUCAUCUAUGCCUUCGGAUUUAAGUAGCAGCCCAAAGAAACAGGACAAAAAAACUUCACCGAGAAAUCCAGAAGUAAAAAAAUCCAGUUUCCAAAGUUCAGACACGGAAUCUGGACAUAACAUUGGCAGAAAAAAAGUUGGUGGAAAAAUCUCGGAGUUUGUUAAGAUUUUCAACCAAGAACCUGCUCCAAAAUCCCGAGAUGUAGUUGACUCAGAAAACGAUACCUCUACAAGGAAACAAGAAGGAAUUUCAAAAGCUCAAAUUGAAGCAACUGUCAAAAAAAUAAGCAAGGAUGAGAAAGAGAAACCUAAGUUGAAUAUCAAUACAGAUGCUUCCAUCAAGGUAAAUGAUGUUCUAAAGCAGUCAGUGGAUGAUCACUCUGCUAAAAAGACUUAUAGCUCCAAUUCUUCCAAAGAGGAUAGCUCAGUACCAGUUCACAUUCCCGUUGUCUCUAAGCCUAAAGUGCCAGAUAUGGAGGAGCCAUUCCAAGAGAAUUUCAUGGUAAAGGAGUUACCACAAGAGUACGAGAGGGAAAAGGUGAACAAUCUCGAAGAAUUCCGAGCUAUCGAUGCUAAAAUACAACAAUGGUCAAACGGGAAGGAAGGGAAUAUACGUUCGCUACUAUCAACUUUGCAAUCUGUUCUUUGGCCUAAGAGCGGUUGGAAACCCGUCCCUCUUGUGGAUAUAAUCGAAGGAAGUGCAGUCAAAAGAUCUUAUCAGAAAGCUCUGUUAUACCUACACCCUGAUAAGCUACAACAGAAGGGUGCUUCAUCAGAUCAGAAGUAUAUAGCAGCAAAAGUUUUUGAUAUAUUACAGGAGGCUUGGACUCAUUUCAGUACGAUGAGUGGAUUAUGAUAUCAUGAAAUCACAGCAUUAAGGAAAUGAGGUGCGCACAAACAAGUGUCUAUAUUCAGCUUUUUAAAGUGUUAUUUGCAUUUACAUACGUAGAAAUAUUGAAAUGUUCUUUAAUAUAGAAAAUAAAAUUGAAAUAUUUUCGUUUAUUGAUUACAGAAUAAUGCUUUUCAUUAUACCCAUUGCCCUUUGAUAGACAUCUGUAAUGUAAUAUAAUAUUGUAAAAAGAAAAAAAUAAAGACUUGGAAAAAUAUGGGAAAUAAUUUGAUUGGAGAAUGCCAUGGAUAAAGGCCUUUUGAAAUAGAAGUUCAUUGGGGCUUGGUGGGUCAAAAUGUUGGAAUGAAAGGAAGUUUUUUAUUUUUUUAAAAUAUAUAAAUGUAAAGAUGGGGGUUAAACUUCCGACCUUUUGGUCUUGGAUAUAUAUCCUAAGUUGGUUUCGAAUGAAAAUAAAACUUGUUAUAUUGCCAACA